AGAGAGAGAGAGAGGAAGAGCGAGAGCGAUAGUUAGAAAGAGUUUACGUACACUGAGCGAAACGGAGCAGAAACAUGAACAGCGAUGAGGUGCAAGUGAUCAAAAAGACCUGGGAGAUACCCGUGGCAACACCCACAGAUUCGGGUGCAGCCAUACUGCAGGAGUUCUUCAAUCGUUUUCCGUCCAAUUUGGAGAAGUUUCCCUUUCGCGAUGUGCCAGUGGAUGAGCUAAGUGGUAAUUCACGUUUUCGGGCACAUGCUGGCCGGAUCAUACGCGUCUUUGACGAUUCCAUCCGGGUCCUCGGCCAGGAGGGGGAUGUGGAGAAGCUGGAUGAGAUCUGGACAAAGAUAGCCGUCAGUCAUAUACCCCGUACCAUUUCCAAGGAGUCGUACAAUCAACUGAAAGGCAUAAUUCUGGAAGUGCUUACCGCCGCCUGCAGUCUGGACGAGAGCCAAGCGGCCACGUGGGCCAAACUGGUCGAUCAUAUCUAUGGCAUUAUCUUCAAGGCGAUCGAUGAUGAUGGCAAUGCCAUUCAGUAGACGACGCCGACGAUGACAACAGUGGUUGCAACCGAUGGUGGCACGCGGCACCUGCCACACACGCACAACACACACACACACACACACACACACACAUGCACAGCUUAUGUAGUUCUAAGUAAAUGAUAAUUGUUAGUUAUUCUCAUUUUGUAUUCAUGAUUGCAAAAAUGUCCAAAACCAAAUACACUUUGAAUACUUAUAAAUGUCUGCGUAGAAUUACACACACUCACACACACAUGCACACACGAAAACACUCACGAAUACACUCAAAACACUCACUCACAUUGCUCUGUAAAGCUUUAACCCAUUCAGUCAGCCUUAAGCGCUUGAUCACAAGAGAUAAUAUAAUUAAAUAAACGUAUGAACAUCAAGGAUAAAACU